AGUAGCCUUGAUACAUGACUUUCCUGAAAACACAAACUGUAAUUUUUGGUGUGAGGGACGACGAUCAGCUAGGUGACAGCAGCAUUGUUCAGUCGAGCACUGAGUGCCUCCGACGAAAAUACUUGCGGAAAAUCUUGGUUUAUUUAUUUCUCCGCUAGGAGUCGAAGAGACAGUGUGGUCGGAACAAGAAUUUACGACUAUUCAUAAAGCGAUGACGAGAAAAGAACUGAUCAAUUUUCUUCAGCUGAGGUUUCAGUACAUAGUCAUUCAAGCCAUCGUAGCCGUCUUAAGCAGUUGCAUACAACUUAAUCAAGCAAGCACGAUUACGGUUUCACCUAGCAGCUCAAUGGUGUCCCACUCUUCAGUACUCCAAAGAGGCUUCACCGCGAUGACUUCUUGGUCUGUUGUUAGAACUACCACGUCUUCCUUUCAAAAGACUUCCGUUGCUCCUUCCUCCUCAAAUUAUUUUUCUACAUCGUCCUCAUCAAGCAUGACGCCGAGCAGUGUCGUUCAAUCAAAAAAUUCGAAGACUUUUACUACCUCCGUGAGUUGCGCGACAUCAACGUCUCAAACACUUGUCACACAAUAUAAACACACAGCAGUGCAUGUCACGCCAACAAAGGUGGUAAUUUACCGUAUACGGGGAAUUCCAAGUAUGAAGGUCAUAACAGUGGUAGCAAGUGUCUUGGGAGCAAUCCUUCUGGUGCUCUUAGCAAUUAUAAUUUGGGAUCUGUGUAUCGUGGAAAUCUUGCCACGAAGACCGACGUCACGUGUGGAGCCUCGUAACGAUGUCUCACAUGUUUGUAAUGAUAUGGUCUGAGCAUGACAGCCGCUGGUCAAGUUUAUAGUUUAUAGUUUAUUAGCUUCGCCGACAGGCAGGGACACCGCAACAGCUUGUGCUAAUUACUGCGGGCCCAGUAAAC